AUGGAGGGGUAUCCUGAGUCUGGCAAGUGCGAUGAGCAGGGCAAACGAGCGGCGGUGCGUAAAUACAGACUUCUGGCCGAAGCGCUGAACCGGAGCGGUCGACCAAUUGUUCACUCCAUCUGCGGAUGGAACCCGUGGUAUGCCCCAGUGGGACGGCACAUUGGCCACAUGUGGCGCGUGACGGCAGACGUGCGCGACUGGAGGGGGGUGUACGAGGCAGCACGAGUCAUGGAGAAGCUUGUCUCGCACCAUGGUCCACAUGGUUGGAACGAUCCCGACAUGCUCAUUGGGAGCAGUUCUGGCGCCAGGCUCCUGCUCACUCCCGCCCAAUCCCGAGCGCAGUUUUCGCUCUGGGCGGUCAUGUCGGCACCACUCAUGCUCGGUGCCAACAUGCUCAAGCUGACAGACUUCGAUUUGGAGACCUACAGCAAUGCGGAUGCAAUUCGAAUCAACCAGGAUCCACUAUUCGAAACAGGACGAGUUGUCUACUCCAACUGCCCCGAAUAUCCAUCGUUCAAGACAGGCAGUCAGCCAGAUGGAACUCCUGAGUUUGAGAUCCUGUGGCCCAACGGUGGAAUCAACUGCGGCAGACACUAUGCUCCAAACUGUGCUGCGUGCAGUAGCGAGGGCCGUGAUGACUGUUUCGGCGAUUGUGUCUGGUGGUCACCAGGUGGCAAGCAACCUGCGUGCCUUCCUGCAUACAGCAACGACACCGUCAAAAGCGAAGUCAUCUGCGGAAAUCACAAGGCAGCAAAUUGCGCUGAAUGCCCUCAAGGCCACGGAAGGACUUGGUGCAACAAAGAUUGUUUCUGGCUCGACGAGGGCAAGUGUAUACCUGCUUCAGACUCUGGGAAAACACGUUACGAAGAUCGGUGGCACCCCUGGACGGUGUCCGUUUUUCACGCACAGGACAAGCGCCAAUGUCAGAUUGUCUGGGCCAAGACGCUCAGUAGCGGUUCGACCGCGGUCGUUGCCGUGAACUUCGCCAAGACUCCUGCCAAUUUGGUGUUCCCGCUUUCGUCCGUGCUCGAACCAUGGGAGGCUGGCGUUCUGUUGAGAAACCUGUGGUAUGGAGAGGAUAAGGUCGAGCAGACGAGCAUCAAUCUGCAGUUGGAGGCAGAGGGCGGCCAUGAGUUGCUCGAGCUGAUGAAUCCGGACGGCGCCAGCAUUGGCACUGCUGCGCGGAAAGCUCGCCCCAGGCCGAGGCGGAAGAAGGGUGCCUUUUGGCGCGCUCCUAUGGUGGAGCAAACGCCUCGACCACAGUCAGGUGAGUCGGAGGUGCCAGCGCCAAGCCCGCCUCCUCCGACAGAGACAGAUGCAACGUUGGAGGCCCUGCUCUCCCGUGCACCGCGGUCAGCGUUAGAGGAUUUGGUGCGUCAGUCGAUCCGUGGCCACGCGUCGGUUACGAUGGAGGACCUGCUUCGACGUUGGCCCGCAGAGAGGGACGACGAAGGUGCGAGGGUGCUGCACCCACCGGAGUCGCUGCCUACGUGGCUGGUGCUGUCUUCAAUGGCUGCGCUCACCUUCGUCCUGUGCAUCCGUGGAAGACGCACCCACGUGGAUGGCGCAGAGUGGUCUUAUGGAGCCACAGAAUGCGAGGAGGAUCCAGGCGUCAAUUGCAACCCGCCGAAGAUGCACCCCGACCACCACUACAGGCAAACUGUGAUGAUGCCGUGCACGCAGCUUUCUGUCGGGGGCCUCAUGGAUAUGCGGGUGGCAAUUGUUCUGGAGAUAAAGGCCUGUCAGAUCGUAGCGGAAGCGAAAGACCUUUGGCAAGCAGAGAAAGAGCGCGCACUUUCUCUGGGUAAGGAGCCCAGCCUGGAGCGCGUGUUUUGGCAGGCUUGCCGCCAGGACAUUAUCCUCGGCAUGCUGUUUGGGUGUGCCAGUGGACUAGUCACAACGGUAGCCCGCCCGCUGCUUCUGCAGGCUCUGGUCGAUGGACUUGCCGGCGAUUCGGAGUCUUGGACGCUGUCGCUGUGGGCAGGGUCGCUUUGCUUUGCCUUGUUGGUCGAAGGCCUCACAUUGGCUUUCACACGCCACAUGAUAAUGGGCCGAAUUGGCGUGCGUUUCAACGCCACAUUUGCCGGUCUGGCGCAAGCACACUCCCUGAAAGUGGCUACAUGCCAUGCCCGUGCGCAAGAUGCCCCAGACAUCGGGAACUUAAUUGGCAAUGAUGCAGUUCGCUUCCAGCAAAAUUUGUUCACCCUCUCUUUAGUGCCUGGUGCCGCUGUGUCUCUGAUGGGGGGGAUUGUGAUCCUCGUUUACACGCUGGGCUUGGCUGGUGUUGUUGGGCUUGCUUGCAUGAUCGGCAUGUUGUUCCUGAACACCCGCAUCUCCCAGAUGGCGAAGAAAGCAGAGAAGGACAACUUGGCUCGGACAGAUGUCCGCAUGCGAAUCAUGACGCAGAUUGUACAAGGCAUUCGAGCAAUCAAGUUCUGUGCCUGGGAGGAAAGUUUCAAAACCAUGCUAUCAAAGGAGCGAGCCCUGGAGUGUAUACCUCUGAAGUGGUACCGUGUCCUGACACAAAGCACCGUGCAAAUCGGUCGUGCCAACCCGAUUGUGGGUUGCUUGUUUGCCUUCUUGCUUUUGGCCCUUUCUGCCCGAAACGAUCCGGAAUCUUUCAAACCGUCUGACAUCUUUGCAGCGCUGAACGUGUUCCUUGCACUACGUUCGAGCUUGAUUUCCAUACCAGAGGGGCUAAUCUACAUUGCCACGACGCGAGUGGCGGUCCGCCGCUUGCAAGAUUUCUUGUUCAUACCAGAGGCCCUUCGACACAUCGCUGAAGGCUGUCAUGAGGGAGACUUAUGUGUGAAGGUAGAAGCGGCGACCUUCCGGUGGCCAGAGAAGCGUGCAGGCGGCGACAUCUCUCCUGAGCACACGCUGGAGCGCUCGGCCUCCACACGGUCGAUGAAGAGUGCAAUGACACCGGGCUCUGAGCUGCUGAUCGGGGACGUUGAGGUGCCACGAGGCUGUUUCACAGCAGUUGUUGGAAGUGUUGGAAGUGGCAAGAGCUCUUUAGUUGCAGCGCUGCUGGGCGAAAUGCCCAUGACUUCCGAUGGCCUCGUGGAACUGAGAAGCCGACGUUUGGCCUACGUUCCACAAAAAGCUUUUGUGCUGAGCGGCACGAUCCUGGAGAACAUUGCCUUUGCACAGGAAGAGCCGAGUGAUGCAGAAUUCCGCGCUGCUUUAGCUGCAGCCUCCUUGUCCGAGGACUUGACGCGCAUGCCCAAGAAGGAGCUCACGGAGGUUGGAGAGCGAGGGGUGGUGUUGUCUGGAGGGCAACAGCAGCGUCUCUCAAUCGCACGGGCGCUUUACCGCCAGGCUGACCUGGUCAUAGCAGAUGAUCCCAUCUCAGCGUUGGACCCCAUCGUGGCAGAUGAAGUUUUCCUGUCCUUGAAAAGGUGUGUGAGCUCGAGCAAGGGCCGCCACUCCUGUCUUGUGGUCCUCAACCAGCCUUGGCUGCUUAUACAUUUCGACCAUGUGAUCAUGGUUUCAGCUGGACAGGUUGUGCAGCAGGGUGCCCCUAAACGGCUGCUGCAAGAAGACGGGCCCCUAAGGUCGUUCUGCUUGGAGUCGGGUUGCAACAUUGCAUCGAUGUUAUCUGCAGAAGUCUCGCAAAGUGUGGAGUGCAUCCAUUCGGAGGAUCCCACGGGCAGUCGCAAGGCGCAGGACAAGGAAAAGCUGGUAGAUCUGACAGAUACCACUGACCUUGUCAAAGCAGAGGAGAAGCUGGCAGGUGGUGUGCCUCUGCAAGUGCUGCUCCGGUAUAUCAGCGGCAUGGGUUACGCUUGGUUCGGCCUGUGUAACUUCCUUGUCCUCCUGGCCUACUGCACCCUGGGUUUUGUGGACUACUGGCUAGCUCUUUGGGUUGAGGCAAGAGAAGCGUACUGGACGGAAGGCAAGGUGUCGGACGACGACUUGUAUGUCACCGUUUAUGGCGUGGCAGCAGGGACAUUUGUUUUCCUGAUGUGCCUCACAUCCUACUGCUUUGGCGAGGGCGGUCAUUUGCACAGCGAGUGUUUGAACAAUUUGCUCCAUGCUCCGGUGCAGUUUUUCGACGCCACUCCCUCCGGCCGCAUCAUGUCCAGGUUCUCCAACGACAUUGCCAUUGUGGACAAGGAGAUUCCCAAGUGGAUUGACAACGCGUGGCAACUGUCGGCCACAACCCUGAUGUUGUUUGUGCAGGUUGCGGUGCUGGUGAAUUUGAUGUUUCCAGUGGUGAUUACUGCUGCCUGCCUUUUUGUGCUACAGAUCGUAGUCAUCUACCGCACCAACCGCGAGUUGCGCCGCUAUGCCAAUUCUGCCAUGGGACCUCUCCUGACAACCGUGAACGAAUGCGUGAACGGGCGGCAGGUAAUCCGCACCACGGAUGCCAUGGAGUUCUUCGAGAAGAGGCUUUGCGGGAACUUGGACGAGUAUCAUCGCUUCAGUUUCUCAGCCCUGGGGUCGGUGAAUGCCGGGGGAAUGUUUGCUUUCCUGAUCUGCUUCAUGACGGCCAGCGCAACUUCGGCUGUUGUCAUCGUGAACAGGGACCGGUACCCUCCCAGCUUCUGUGCACUUGCGCUCACCUACAGCUUCCUGAUGCCAUACUUCCUGAACUUCUUGUCCAUGACGGUCCAGCUUCUGCUCACAGCCCUCACAGGCUUGGAGCGCCUGCUGCAGUAUGGUGACCAUGGCAUUCUCCCUGCUGAGCCGCUUUGGCAUUUGCAAAGCGAUCAAGCGCUCGGCACAUGGCCAGCUUCGGGGCGGGUCGUCUUCGAAGAGGUGUCCUUGAUCUACCGACCUGGCUUGCCCAAAGCCGUGGACAAAAUCUCCUUCGAGCUUCAGCCUGGGGAGAAGGCUGGAGUUGUGGGCCGCUCUGGUGCAGGCAAAAGCACGCUAAUGGUUCUCCUCCUCCGCUUAAACGAAGCAUCCGAGGGCCGGAUUCUCAUUGAUGGCAUGGACAUAUCCAAGGUGGGGCUGGGCAAGCUGCGCAAGGCCAUUGCCGUGGUUCCACAAGAGCCCCUCCUCAUAGAAGGGACGGUGCAGGAGAAUUUAGACCCAUUUUCGGAGCAUUCCAGUCAGGAGCUUGCUCAGGUGUUGCGGCGGGUAGAGUUGGACCCAGGCCUACUGGAGGCUCAAACAUCUGCGUCAACCCUCAGCCAGGGAGAACGCCAGCUGCUGACUUUGGGGCGAACUUUGCUGUGGCCUGCGAAGGUCCGUGUCUUCGAUGAGCCCACGUCGAAUAUCGACGCAGCUACGGACAGGCUUAUUCAGCAAUUCCUGCGCUCCCCCACCAUGUUCGGCCACUCAACUCAGAUCACCGUGGCGCACCGGCUACAGACGGUUUUCAGCUGUGACCGAAUUCUUGUCAUGGCAGGUGGCAAGCUUGUUGAAACCGGGCCACCCCAAGAACUGUUGAACAGAUCUGGCUCGCAAUUGUCCGCUUUGGCAGCACACGCUGGAGUCGAGCUCAAGCCACUCUCCGACGAAUCAGCUAGUUCCACCAGGCUCACCCUUUAG